UUUAAGAGCGUCCUGGUGGCGUGUGUCAUGUAAGGCAAGGGCGACCAUUACUGAGAAUGAACGACACUGACGGUGAGGAAGGUAGUGGGGGAAAAUGUACCCCUGGCCUGGAUCAUGGCGGCGCAGGCGUGGGCGUGGACAGUGUCGUAGUGUGGGUGGUGUGGGUAACUUCGUCACCAUCUGCGCCAUCUCCUACCAGCUGUACUUGGGGGCGAGUGUGGCGGCGGCGGCAUGGCCCCGUGGGGCGCCCAGUAUUGACUCUGGGAGGGCGACACCAUCCUGCUGCUGCAACCUCAGCAUCUGUGACUUCUUGUACUGCGUCGUGAACCUGCCGAUCACCGCGAUCACCUACAAUUACGCGCUGGGCCGCGCUCCUGACACCCGCCCUCCAAGUUGUUCUGCACGGGCGCCGCACUUUUCCGCUACGUCAACGCCCUGGCGGAGUGGACCACACUGGGUCUGCUGACGGUACAGCGUUGCGUCGACCUGGGCCGCUCCCGAGGGUGCCAGGUUCUUCAGGCCGCGCCCCACGCUGCUCUUCAUCGCCGGCAUCUGGGUGGGAAGCGUGGUGCUGCAGCUCGCCGCCCUCACACAGGAGUUCAAGUAUGACGAAGUCAGCCACAAAUGUGACAUGGGGUUUGAGUGGAGGAUCUACUUCUUCUCAUUGGAGUCGCUGCUGCCGUGCUUCCUCAUGGUCAUAGGCUGCAGCAGCAUCAUCUACCAGAUCUGGAGGAACAUACGCCAGCUGCAAGCGACCGGCAUGUCGCCGGAGAUCGUCGAGCAGCGCUUCAGAGCCAUGCUAAAGUCCACAGCGCUGCUGCUGACGCUGCUGUUCCUGUUCAUAGCGUGCGUCAUCCCCAUCUGUGUGUACAGCGUCUGCUCGCUGCUCGGCUCCAGAAACAUCACACUCGGCAUUGCCAUCUUCAUGUUCUACUGGAUCCAGUAUGGCGUCAACUUCUUUCUGUACGCCGCCAGCAAUGAAAACUACAGGAUCGCUUACAAGCAAUUCCUGGAGCUGCUGGUGAACACGGUGCUGUGCAUCAUGAGGGCAGUCCACGACAGGGCAGGACAUGGGUCGCGGAGGAGUGAGAGCGACAUGGGCCAUCCUCCUUCCGCUUCCACAUCGACAGUUCUCCCUCUGAGCAGCCGCACCACGUCCACCGCAUUGCUGCCUCUCAGCAUAAUCAGUUACAAAGAGGGCAGCCCAGAAAAGUUUUUCCCCAUUCCCAACGGUAACCACAACUGCCCCUACCCGCUGCCCUGCCUUCACCACCUCAGGGCCUGUCACUCGAUGCCCCCCGGACGCACCAACGUGGGCCACCGGGUUUUCAUCGUGCACUCGUGGCCUGCGUGCUGGAGAGACAGUGAGUCCUCCUGCAGUUCAGUUAUAAGUUUUGAAUCUACCGUCCAGCAAGACUCUGAUAUCUCCACCACCAUCACCACCAUCACCUGCAGCAGCCCCACCGCCACCAACGCCUCACCCACCAACACCAGUGAAACCUUCACCACUAACACUUCCACUUCAGUCACCACAUUCACCACCCCAGACACUACCGUUUCCAAUGUCAUCCCUUCCUCCAUCACCACCACCACCACCUCUUCCUCUUCCACUUCCAUCACCAAUACUAAAAUUUCAUCCGCCAUUAUAACUCCCACAUUCACCACCACCACCAACACCACCACCACCACCACCCCUUUCGCCACCACUGUUACUACCGCCAAAUUCCCCACCACCAUCACCACAAUCAAGACGGACAACAUGGCGUGUGGAGAUUAUGCCACAACGGAUCUGUAGCACCAUGAUCCACACUUCUGACACCAGGAUUUUUCUCCAACAGCACAGACACCACCCCCUCACCACCAGCACUCUCUCUGCCCUACGUGUCAUAUUUUUACUUAGCCUUCCCCAGAAAUCUCACACACACACACACACACACACACACACACACACACACACACACACACACAUGCACAGUGGGAAGGAGUGUCAUUACUCGUAUGCUGGAACACUCUAACACUAACCUAAAAUCAGUUUCACCGAAAGAACAAUACAACACAGCUCCACCCAUCACGUUUCCCUGGGGUGACUGAUCUCAUCAAAGCCUCAUCAAAGCAGUUGAGGGACCAAGACCAAAGCGGCCAUAACACGCACAUGAACCUCUAACAGACUGGUACGCAACAAAGUCAUGCAUGAGCUGAAGGUAGCCAGAGAAGAACUACCAUCCAUUGAAACUCCGACAGCUGAGGCCGCCAACAUCAGCCUAUAAUAUAAGUUUGGUGAAUCGACAGGCAUUAUGAAAAAGUAGCCAUUCCUUCUUCACUUUGCCACAAACGUAGCCUCUUAGAAAGCUGAAGGUCAUGCACUCACUUUGUUAAUAUUUAUCAGAGGCUCAACCUCAGCUGACGAAGUACUUUCCCGGACCACCUCCCAGUUCCCACCCCUCGCGACACCUCACAGCAGUCUAAGGUUAUUAAAAGCCUUUGACGCCGUUAGGUCACACACACAACCACAUCCAAUUUACCCUCAGUUCAUCCACACACCUCCCAGUUUGCUUCUACAGUGAGUUUUCCAGUGAGCCCCUCUGAUCUAUCAUAAAUCAUAUCAUAAAUGCCAAUCCUUUUCUAGCAAAACAUCUCUCAUAUUGGGAAAUCCCUUAUUUCUCAUCUACAACCAAAUCAACAACCCUUAAUCUCCUCCUCUCCCAUCACGCCAUCCCAGUCUGAUAUGUUGAUUCCUUAUAUUCAGCCUCACCGACGAAUGUGGCAACAUGAAAUCCUCCUUCACUACCCAGUCUUAUUUUCUUCUUCAGUGUCAUAUUCUACAAUUUGGAUCAACGGAAUAUUCUACAGGCCUUGUUUUGAUGCAGUAAAGUAUAACACCCUCGUUAAAAAAAUUAAUGAAAUGAAUAAAACUACUUGAUUUGCUGAUGCUGCCUGGCCUCGUUACGGCACUAACUUUCCCAGUGACGGCCGACAAGAUGUCGGUUACGCGGGAUCACCUCCGCUUCUCGGCCCCUCACUUGUGGUGUCCCACAGGCCACUAAGAUGGGCCUCCCUGUUUUCUGAUCAAGGACACUCCAGAACGAUGCCAGCUCCAAGUGAAAGUAUGUCAAUGAUUCCACUAUUAGUAACGACUUCAACAAUACUGCGUCAAACUUCAGUGAACUUCAAGACGCCCUCAACCACAUUGAAAUAUGGACAGCCAUAAAUGGCGCCACCGUGAGCACACAGCAAGACGGUGGUGAGGCGCAUAGACCUUGGCACUGAUAACAUACUUUCUCCCAUCUCCAUGCAUAUUUACCAGUUAGUCCAAGUCACCAAGGAACUCAGGACCAUAUAAUGAAACACUUCUGCGGCGCACCUCCACUACUUUCAAAAGAUUCUAGAUGACGUUACACGGGUUGUAGUGAGAGAUUAACAAGAUUUCUACACCAUUAACAGGAGGAACACUCUUGAGAACCAACCAAUCAUCUCUGUUACCUUUGAAAAUAGUCGUGGAGAGAGAGCGAAACGUUUCAGAGUAUGGUCUUCUGAGUCUCCAUAAACACGUCUCUAACAUGGAAAAGCUACCUUACUGGCAAUACUGCAGCCUUUACCCACCGCCUCCCCUUCCUUCACAGGUUUACAUGCUCCCCCCUCGUGCCUGGUCCUCUGCACUAACGCCACAGAGAGAUCAGACUGAAACCAUACAAAAAAUGGGCCUGCAGUAUCUUAUUAGGGCCUUUCUUUAUCACUUAAGAGGCCCUAGACUUGGACCCUAAUGCCUCUCCAGCCUCCAGUUCCUCUGCCGAUCUGAGGGAGUAAAAAUUCGAAGCCACUAAUGUGAUCGCCGCCUCCUGCUGCCCGAUGAUCGCCAUGACUAUAUUCUGAGACAUUUCUGCCCGCACUUUGACUACUUUCCAAAGGACUCUACCUGAAGUUGCACGGGUUUAUAAGGCUAUUUUUAUGGUUAUAAUGACGGAUUAACAAGAUUUAUACACUAUUAACAGGAGAAAACCUGGGUAAUUGUUGCUGUGGCUUUUGAAAAUUGUCGUAGUGAGAAAACAAAUCAUUUCAGAAAACGGGCCUUGAUUUCAUGGUGUAGCGAGGUAUAACGACCGCCCGGUGACGAUUAGGACACACGUGGGCUGAUACUUAGUUCCAUUACCUCAUUACUUUCACUCAUAGACAACAUAUAAAUGAUCCCUCGCCUCACACCUAUCCCCAGCUUCCUUUCCCUACUGUGAUAAAAAUCUGUGUACUUAUCACGACUGAAGUUCCUGUUUGAUCUCAGUUCCACCUAAACUACCUAGUGUUGUUGUAUCCUAACAAGUCACGUGAAUUAUGUACAAGAAUUUUCAGUCAGACGGUAUUUUCACUGCUAAUGCAAUGUUUAUUAAUGUUAAUACUACUAUUACGUAUUAUUAUUAUUAUUAUUAUUAUUAUUAUUAUUAUUAUUAUUAUUAUUAUUAUAUUUCCUUCAAUACACACACACACACACACACACACACACACACACACACACACAGACACACACACACACACACACACACACACACACACACACACAAACACACACACACACACACACACACACACACACACACACACACACACACACACACACACACACACACACUCAGGAUUCUGUACCUCUCAGUAUUACUUCAAAUUUAAGAAGCUUCCUAAUUAUAAUUUAUGAUUCAUAUGACUUUUUACGUUGUAAGAUGCAGAUAAUUACGCAAACUGUUACAAUGAUGAUCUGUGUGAUGACGGAAAUAAUAACGGCGACGACGGUAAUGAUGCUGAUGGUGACAAAGGUGACGUUGAUCUCAAUUUUUUCAUACGUAACUACCAUAAUGACCAAUGUAUACGUAAUGAUGUUGGAAAGAUUGACCCAACAAAGAUUUUUACGUAGA